AUGCUCGCAGCCAGGGUGGCGGAGUUGGGGUUGACAGCGAAGCCCGAGUGGGUGUUGAGCGUUGGAGACGAUGUCGCUGCUGGCUUUGCCUCCCUGAUGGGCAGCCACAUCUCUCAUUGUGUCGUGCGAGGCUCUUUACCUGAUCUCGGAGCUCAGCGAGUCCUCCCUGGAAAACACUUCCUCAUGAUCGAGGACUUUGUGGACGUAUCUAAACCGGUGAAAUUCCAUCAGCUCGCGACCAGCGUUUCGGACCCGUUCGGUGAUGACACUGAUGAUGCAUUGAUUGGACAGGCCA